AUGAGUGCCAUCAUUUGGAAUGUGAGAGGUGUAGCUAGUGUAGCUACUCGUCGGCGCCUGAAGAAACUUAUACAGCUUCAUCAGGUUUAUCUUCUAGUUAUACUGGAGCCUUUUGUUCUGCAGCAGAAUUUUGCAUAUACACAACGCUAUCUGUGCUUCGACAUGGGAGCUCAGAAUGAAUCGAAUAAGAUCUGGUUUUUCUGGAAUUCGGGGACUAGUGUUACUGUUAUUGUUGAUCAUCCCCAGUUUCUUCACGUUAGAGUUGAGGAUCCUAGACUAGCGCGUCCUAUCUAUUUGACUCCAGUCUAUGCAUCAUGCGAUUCUACUAUCAGGAGGGAUUUGUGGGCGGGUCUUCACCACAUCUCCCUCAAUAUGGACGAUCCUUGGCUAGUUGGGGGAGACUUUAAUGUUAUUACACAUGAUGGAGAGCGCACUGGUCAUAAUACCCGUGAUUGUGUUACUACUGCUUUCUCUGAUAUGGUGUUAGACUGUGGUUUAGAGGAUGCGGGUUUCAUUGGAAACCGAUAUACUUGGACCAAUGGUCGGGUCAGAAAGAGAUUGGAUAGGGUACUUAUUAUUUCUACAGCUACAGCUUUUUGUCAACAGCUUACAGUGAGACACUUGAAUCGGACUUCAUCUGAUCACUCUCCUUUACUGCUUCAGUGGGUUUCUGAUGAUGAUUUGGGGCCUAGACCGUUCAGAUUCCUCAAUGUUUGGACCAAGCACCAUUAUUUUUUAGCCUUUGUCUCCCAGAAGUGGUCGCUCCCUACUCAUCUCACAGGGAUGACUACUCUAUGGGAGAAGUUCUUUAGGCUGAAACAGGGUCUACGCUGGUGGAACCGACAUGUAUUUGGAGAUAUUUUUCAGUGGGUGCACGAUGCUGAGGUUGGGAUUGAUGAUGCUGAGAUAAUAUAUGAUAGAGAUCCCACACCGGAGCACCGCAACUUACUACAUCAUGCCCAGGCAGUUUUGAAGCAGACCUUAUCUAUUGAGGAGGGCUUUUGGAAGCAAAAAGCCAGUUCACAUUGGACUUCGGCUAUUGCAUUCUACCAGGAUCUCUUAUCUGCUCCUCCACAGCCCUUGGAUCACAUCCGUUCAGAUGUAAUUCCCAGACUCUUGACGGUGGACGAUAAUUUGGCACUAAAUUGCCCCCCUUGA